AUGGGUCAGAUAUGGCAAUUACUCCGGGAGAUGCAACAGAUGGCCAGCCGCCCCUUUGCUUCCAUCAACGUUGCCUUAGAAACGGACGAAGCGCCCCCGGACCUCAUCGGAGGCAGCAUUAAGAUGGUCCCCAAGCCCAUCACUCUGGAGCCCUGUUUUGGCAACAAGGCGGCGGUGCUCUCAGUGUUUGUGCGGUUGCCACGAGGCCUGGGUGGGAUCCCUCCACCUGGGCAAUCAGGUCUUGCCGUCGCCAGCGCUUUGGUGGACAUUUCACAACAGAUGCCGAUCACCUACAAAGACAAGUCGGGAGUGGUACGAAACAGGAAACAGCAACCUCCAGCCCAGCCCGGAACCUGUAUUUGA